UUACCCAAACGUGCGUUUACAACUGCAAGAAAGAAACUGCAGACCCAAAUACCCCCAUAUUUCUCUCGCCAGAAACAGCAACCCAGAAAACUCGCAGCCUGGCUUUGGUUAUGCUUCCUUUUUCUUGCAAGACAUCCAAAAAUGGGCAGCGAACAUAAACCGACCACCAGCUUCCUUGCCUUCAAAUCCCUUCCAUUUCAUUGGUAGAAUGCUACAAGCCCCACCAUCUUCUCUCCUCUAGUACAAGAUCCUCAAAGAUCUGUUAGGACGAAGCAAACAAACAGGGCACCGCCAACAAGCCAACAAUGGCGGCUCCACAGCCCGACAUGGAAUUGCAGCAGGAACAGAGGCAUCAUCUCUUGUCAAACCGAGCAGAUGGCACCAACAAUAUAAGCCCCACGCAGAAAGCAUUCAGACGGACAUACCAGAGCACCGAGCACCUUUCCAAACUCCUUCCAACAGGCACAGUGCUUGCCUUCCAGCUCCUGGCCCCGAUCUUCGCAAAACAUGGUCACUGCAGCAAUGCGAAUCAGAUGAUGACAGGAGGGCUUGUGGUGCUGUGUGCACUGUCAUGUGUUGUUCUUAGCUUCACAGAUAGCUUCAGGGAUGAGCAAGGAAAGGUAAGAUAUGGGUUUGCCACGUUCAAAGGAUUGUGGGUCAUUGAUGGUGGAGCUAGUCUUGAUCCAAAUGCUGCAGUUGAAUACAAGAUACAAUUUCUAGACUUUGUCCAUGCUACUGUCUCAGCAAUGAUUUUUGUCGCGAUCGCACUGUUUGACCAAAAUGUGGCAUCUUGCUUCUAUCCAAUACCAUCGGAGGAUACAAAGCAAGUUCUCAAAACAUUGCCAAUUGCUAUUGGUGUUAUUGGAAGCAUGCUGUUUGUUACCUUCCCAACAACUCGCCAUGGCAUAGGCUUCCCAGUCUCUCCACAAUAG